AUGUACAAAUUGUAUAUUCUUACAUUGUUGGGCAUUGCCUUUGCAUUGAAUACGCCAUUCCCGUGUAUACCAAAGAACGUUAAAUUCGGGAUAGUUUGCGUUUGUAACAGCACAUAUUGUGAUACUUUGAAUAUUCCGGAAUCAAAUGAAAGUAAACGUUUCACUUUGGUAACCUCUUCCAAAGGCGGUGAACGUUUUUCCUACUCCGAAGGAGCGUUUUCGAGCAGAAUAAUAAAAGUGAAUAGACCUGUAUCAUUUUUGUACAUCAAUACUCGUGAAGUUCGCCAACAAAUACAUGGAUUUGGUACAGCGAUCAGUGGCGCUGUCACCUAUGUGCUGAACAAAUUAUCACCAAAACUUCGAGAAUAUGUCUACAAUAGUUACUAUUCGAGUGAUGUGGGAAUGGGCUACGAGUUUAUGAGAGUACCAAUUGGCGGAACUGAUUUUGAGUACUCUGGACCUUGGGCUUACAAUGAAACUCCUGAAGAAGACAUCUCCUUGAGUAAUUUCACACAAUUGGACCAACGAGAUGUUGAAAACAAUUUUCACAUCCGCGAAAUGAUGCGCGUGUCAAAGAAUGCUUCCAUCAAAGUCUUAGCUGCGGCUUGGAGUCCUCCGCGAUGGUUAAAAGUGAAGUAUGAGUGGGAAAAUUCCCUUGGAAAUGAACUUAAACCGGAAUAUUAUCAAACUUGGGCCAAUUAUCACUUGAAAUGGUUGGACUUGAUGGAAAAAGACAAAGUUAAAAUUUUCGCGCUUUCGACUGGUAAUGAACCGGCUACUGCAGCAACAGGUCAAAUACCGUUUCAAAUAUUGGGAUGGCGUGCAUCAAAUCAAGCCAAAUGGAUUGCAGAAAAUCUAGGACCAACAAUUGCAAAUUCAAAUUAUUCACACGUUCAAAUUCAUGGUUAUGAUGAUAAUCGAGAUAAGUCACUCUCUUGGAUAAGUGAAAUGAAAGAAACAUACCCAAAAUCGAUGAGUUAUAUACAAGCAUUCAACAUUCAUGGAUAUUUAGAUCGAAUGACAUCACCAAGCAUCUUAGAUCAAAUACACUGGGCAUAUAAAGAUAAGCCAAUUUUGUACUCUGAAAUGUCUUUUGGCGCAAUGAAUUCGGUAGGAGAGUAUGGUCCUAGGCUUGGAUCUUGGGAACGUGCAGAACAAUUGAUUAAUAUUUUAAUUAGUGCCUUAAAUCAUUUUGUGGUUUCGUAUAUCGAUUGGAACAUGAUUCUAGAUCAAAACGGUGGACCAAAUUACAUUAAAAACUAUCUUGAUGCCAUGAUCAUGACCAAUGCUGACUUUACAGAACUAUACAAACAACCACUGUUUUAUGCGAUGGCACAUUUUUCACGCUUCAUACCGCCCAAAUCCGUUCGAAUCGAUACAAAAUUAAUCGGAAUACAUGUUCAACAAGUGCAAACUUUGGCAUUUUUACGUCCCGAUAAAAAAAUUUCAGUUAUUCUCUACAAUAACAACACUUUACAAUCGACUUAUUUAAAAAUAAUGAAUUGGUCAAAAGGUCUAGCAUUGAUUGAACUGAAACCAAAAUCCAUAAAUACAUUUAUAUAUUCAAUUGAAUGA